CUAUCUUCUCUUGAGGGGUUCCUUUUUCACGGCCAAAGACAAUUUCUUCUAUCUAUUCUAAGUUGUACUAAUUUUGUAUCAAUUAAUAAUAUUUCAUGUCAACCAACGAACAAACUCCAAUUGCCUUAAAAGAGGAGAUCGUCUUUACUACAUGUGAAGAUCUUGAUAAUGACAAUGCCCUCAAAGUGAUUCAACAACAUGACACUAUUCUCAACGGUCAAAUAAAGGCAGAUCUCACUCUUCAACCUUCUCCUAUACUCAAUCACUCUCCAGAGACAAGUAACUCAGAAUUACCCGAGAUUGACACUGCACCUACUACAACUAUAUGCGAUUCUAUCGUUUCAGAAGAAAACUCUAAUGAUGCAUUAAUGGAUACUGUACAAGUCCCACCUGUAUCUGCAGAGAAACCUAUCACCAGUGGCUCUAUGGAAACAGAUGUCGAAGAUUUUGUAACGUCUAUUAUUGGUGGCAACGCGCCUACUGAGAAUAAAAAUGCAGAAGAAAAUGCAACAAAAGAUGUACUUGACACAGCUAUUGCAGCCGCAGACGUUACGACUACAGGAUACGAGAGCAGUGAUCUGGAAAUGUCAUCCGAUGAGGACAGCGAUAGCUCGGACGAAAGUGACGAGGAAGUAAGUGGAGAGGCUAAAACAGAAUUGUACGACGAUGAGGACGAAGAACCGGCUGGCACCACUGAAUUGAGAACUACAAAUGAAAUUGUCGAAGUAGUGAUUGAGAAACCCAACUAUAUCUUGACCCCUCAGACAGAAAUCAUUGCGAUUGGUACUAUUCACAAUGUGAUUAACAAUGUAAUCGUCGUCCAAACCACCCCAGGAUCUGUAUUUGCUUUGGAUAUAGGCACUCUUUUUGUCUAUGGUGAUCGAGAGCUUAUGGGAGAGGUGUUUGAAACCUUUGGUCCGGUACAAAGACCGUUCUAUUCGGUUCGCUACAAUAAAGCCGAAGAGAUUGAUAAGGAGAGAGCUGUAGUUGGAGCACGUGUUUUCUUUGUUCCAUCCUAUGAGCGUACCAAUGUCAUCCAAGUUGAGGCUUUGAAGAAGAUUAAGGGCACUGAUGCCAGUAAUAUUUAUGAUGAAGAGGCCGGUGAAGAUGAACUUGAGUUCUCUGACGAUGAGAAAGAAAUGGAACACAAGAAAAGCUUAAAAGCAAAGAGAAAGUCUCGUGCUUCGGAACGGAAUGGAAAAGAUCGUGCUCCUAAGCGGCCUGCUCAUCAGAGUCUUCCAGCAACUGGAACGGAUGAUUUCUCCGCUGAAAUGGCAGAUUACCAAGGCUAUUCUAAUUAUAUAAACCAGGCAGUUGCGCCACCUCCAGGCCGUCAAGUUCAAAGCUAUGCUGAUAUCAGCAACCCUAAUAGCUCAAACACACACUAUUAAUAAUAAUAGACAUACCAAUCAAAAGAAAUGAAGAAAAAAAAGUCAUCAGCAUUCCACUCAUUUGCACAU